AUGCAACGUUGCUAUACGUUCGCCCUUGCUAUUGUGAUUUUCGCAAACGCUCAAUUCAACAUUCCUAUUCCAUUUGGCAACAUUGGCUUGAAAAAAGGAGACGAUGGUAAUUUGGAAAUCACAUCAAAUGAAGGUUUUGACUUAUUCGGCUACGGUGGAAUGCGCAAAACGAAGUUAGUGACAGGAAAUGGAACGUUCUAUAUUGAAAAAGAGGAUGCAGCACUGGUGAAUGGUAAACCGUUUGGUGGAUCGGGUGCCUUUAGUUUUGACAAGGAGAAGGGUAUCGAUAUUGGACAAAACGUCACACUUGGCAAUCAGACAGCUGUGGUUAGUUUGUUCAUUUACUUUCGACCAUGA